CAAAAUUGCAUAAAAUUAUGAACAUACGAAAUAUGUGAAAAGUGUAUGUGAUAAUUCGAUCGGUGGCAACAGAAUUAUUAUUUAAAUUUGCAUUAGUAUCAUUGUCUGUGAUAAAAUUUAAGUCACUGAAACCAGUAGCUAUAAGGUGAAUAGGUUGUCAUUCUCACCUUUGAAUCUAUUAUCAUUUUUGAGACUAUGGAAAAAAAUUCGAAAAAUAUAAUUUUUGGAGGUGAAAUAGAGAGAGUCCUCGAUGUUUCGUUGGGAGAUCUUUUGAUAAUGUUACUGAAAACCUUCGAAGAUAAUAUUCUGCAGGUUGAUGGAGAAACAGGAGAAAAACUACCAGCAAAUUUACUCUUCAAAAGGGCAGUGCGUUUAGCAGGAUGGUUGAAGAAGCAGGGUAUAUCCAUCGGAGACAACAUUUCAAUAAAUAGCAAAAAUAGAUUGGAGUUUUGUAUUGUUCCUGUAGCAACAUUAUUUGCAGGGGCUACUUUUGCACCUUUGAAUCCUGAUUACACGCCAGGUGAAUUGAAACAUGUGCUCGGCCUUUCCCAACCGAAAAUGAUUUUUUGCUCCAGUGAAACAGUUGAUAAAAUAAUUUCCAUACUUCCUGAACAUCCUUAUGUGAAACAAGUGAUAUUGUUUGAAGGGUCACAUCCCAGUUAUAAAAAUGUUGUGAAUUACCAAGAUAUAAUUAAAGGUGCUGAAUUUGAUGAAAUUGAUGACGACUACAAAGCUGUUCCACUUGAUACAAAAGAAGCUGUUGCCACCAUUUUAUGUUCUUCAGGCACCACCGGGUUACCUAAGGGUGUUAUGUGUACCCAUGACAACAUGACAACCUAUGUAGAUAUAUUGAGGAAUUCUCUUAAUCACAUGGCAACAAAUGAUGAUCCUAAUGAUGGUAUGAUGGGACUUAUACCUUUCUUUCACUCUUUUGGGUUCAUGUUGAUGUUUUUGAACUUGCUGCGUGGCAAAACGAUGGUGGUUUUAUCAAGAUUCAAGCCAAAAAUAUUUCUUGAAGCUAUAGUAAAGUAUAAAGUGACUAGACUAAUAGUUCCUCCUCCAGUAUUGUUAUUUUUGCUGAAAGGUAAAAUGGUGAAAAAUUAUGAUUUAUCUUGUAUCAAAGAAAUAAGAAGUGGAGCAGCUCCAAUGGGCAAAGAAAUGGAAAAAGAACUGAAAGAAAGGUUCAAGGUUGGACAUGUUUCUCAAAGCUAUGGAAUGACGGAAACGACUCUAGGUGUCUUAGUGACUCCUCCAGAAAAAAGUAAGAUUGGUUCAUGUGGAAAAGUUGUAGCUGGAAUGAUGGCUAAGGUGAUAGAUGAAAAUGGUAAUCCCCUUGGACCAUAUAAAGAGGGAGAAUUAUGUUUCAAGGGCCCCCUUAUUAUGAAAGGUUAUGUUGGUGAUCCAGUAGCAACAAGUAACACAAUAGACAAAGAUGGUUGGUUACAUACUGGUGAUGUAGCAUAUUAUGAUGAUGAUGGUUACUUUUUUAUAGUAGAUAGAUUGAAAGAACUGAUCAAAUACAAAGGUUUCCAGGUUGCACCUGCAGAACUAGAAGCUUUGUUAUUGACACAUCCGAGUAUUCAAGAUUCGGCUGUUAUAGGAUUACCAAAUGACGAAGCAGGAGAAUUACCCAUGGCGUUUGUAGUAAAAAAGCCAGGAAAAACUCUCAUAGAACAGGAGAUUGAGAAAUUUGUGGCAGAUAAUGUAUCACCCCAAAAAAAACUCAGAGGUGGGGUGGUAUUUUUGAAUGAAAUUCCUAGGAAUCCGACAGGAAAAAUUCUGAGAAGGGUUUUGAGAGCAAAUGCACUAAAACUAAAAUCAAAAAUAUAGUUCAUUGGAAUUUGUGCUAUCUAUGAGAUGACACCAAAUAGCCACAAUUAUUGCCAUUAGUUUAUAAUUGUAGUAUAAGUUAAAAGAAACAUGCUGGUAUUACUGGUUUUUAUUCAUCCUUAUAUUUUAUCGAUAGAUCAAAAAAUGUCAAACAUUACAAAUUUAAGUGUUAUACAUUCCCAAAUAAUGACAAGGUCACUUUUAUCUCCAUAUUGAUUUUCGUUAUUAUCAUGGAUUUUAUAUGAUCAGACAAUUUCAUGUAAAUAGUUCUUUGUUUAUAAAUAUUUACAAAUAAAUAUAAAUUUGUAACAUAAUGUAUGAUUACCUUAACAUCAGAAUAAAAUUGAAAUAUAUUUAAAAAAUAUA